AUGCCCGCCAGCAUGUUCAGCAUCGACAACAUCCUGGCCGCCCGGCCGCGCUGCAAGGACUCGGUGCCGCCCGUGGCGUCCAGCGCCGCGGCUCCCGUCGUCUUCCCGGCCCUGCACGGGGACUCGCUCUACGGCGGCGCCGGUGGCGGCGCCUCCUCGGACUAUGGCGCCUUCUACCCGCGCCCCGUGGCCCCCGGCGGCGCAGGCCUCCCGGCCGCGGUCGGCGGCUCGCGCCUGGGCUACAGCAACUACUUCUACGGGCAGCUGCACGUGCAGGCGGCCCCCGUGGGCCCGGCCUGCUGCGGGGCCGUGCCGCCGCUGGGCGCCCAGCAGUGCUCCUGCGUCCCGACGCCCCCAGGCUACGAGGGUCCCGGCUCCGUGCUGGUGUCCCCCGUGCCGCAUCAGAUGAUGCCCUACAUGAACGUGGGCACCCUGUCGCGCACGGAGCUGCAGCUCCUCAACCAGCUGCACUGCCGGCGGAAGCGGCGGCACCGCACCAUCUUCACCGACGAGCAGCUCGAAGCGCUGGAGAACCUCUUCCAGGAGACCAAGUACCCAGACGUGGGCACCCGCGAGCAGCUGGCCCGGAAGGUGCACCUCCGCGAGGAGAAGGUGGAGGUCUGGUUUAAAAACCGCCGCGCCAAAUGGAGGCGGCAGAAGCGGUCCUCUUCGGAGGAGUCGGAAAACGCCGAGAAGUGGAACAAGACGUCGUCGAAGGCGUCGCCGGAGAAGAGGGAAGAGGAAGGUAAAAGCGAUUUGGACUCGGACAGCUGACGGCCGCGGGCCGGCCGUGGC